CACUCCCUGCUCCUCGUUUCCAAUCUCUAGCAGAUAAAAAAAAGCCUCAGAAAGGUCGAAUCGAAUCUUAUUUUAUUCCUUCUUUCUCGAAAGGCUCAAUCUUUUUACCCUGAAAGAAGAAGGGUGAUCUCGGAAAUGAAGACAGAGUUGAACCUACCGGCGGGAUUCAGAUUCCAUCCGACGGACGAGGAGCUCGUAAAGCACUACUUGUGUCGGAAAAGCGCAUCGCAGCCAAUCACGGUUCCUGUUAUCGCCGAGAUUGAUCUCUACAAGUUCGAUCCUUGGGACCUUCCGGGGAUGGCUUUGUACGGAGAGAAAGAAUGGUAUUUCUUCUCACACAGAGACCGGAAAUACCCGAAGGGUUCGCGGCCAAAUCGAGCGGCAGGAACCGGUUAUUGGAAGGCGACCGGUGCGGAUAAACCGGUUGGUAAACCGAAGACAAUGGGGAUAAAGAAAGCACUCGUCUUCUACGCGGGUAAAGCUCCCAAAGGGGUCAAGACCAAUUGGAUCAUGCACGAGUACCGGCUGGCCGACGCCGAUAGGUCUGCUUCUGUAAACAAGAACAACAACUUGCGACUUGAUGAUUGGGUGUUGUGUCGGAUCUACAACAAGAAGGGAACGAUGGAGAAGCACUAUCCCGAAUCGACGGCGAUGGAGGACCAAUCACCUUUUGACACGUCGGACUCGUUCCCGACGCUGCAAGAUGAUUCGAGCAGCUCCGGUCACGUGAUAUCUCCGGAUGUCACGUGCGACAACAGGGAGGCUCUGAGCGACUUCGACUUCGACUUCGACUUCGAGUCCUUUGAUACGUCGCUGUUCGUUUCCAUGGAGUUUAUGCAAAAUGACGCUUUUAUCCCUCAGUUCCCUUGCCAGACCGGCUUCGUAUGAACCGUGUCUCAGUUCCAUGAUGACUCGCCAUUCUUGAAUUGGGCGUUUGCUCCACAGCCACAGGGGUAAAAAUGGAAGCGGAAAAACGUGGAGUGAGCAAUCCGAUCUUGAAGAAAGACGCAGUUCUUGUUUAGGAUCAUUGCUGUUCAAGACAGAUCCUUGCUGUUCUGCAAAAGUUAUGAGAAAAAGACAAAAUCUUGUUCUGUAAAUACUGCAGUGAUAUACAUCUUUUCUGUAUAUACAGUUUUAGCCUCUGGGGAUGCUUCCUCAGGGGGUUUAGGCUGCGUAUGCUCU